UUGUCGCAUGAAGGCCUACUGUUGGAAACUUGGGAGAGAAAUAAGCAGAAAGUGAUCUGUCGGCUGGGUUUAUAGGUGUAAAGGAAUAAGUGUGUAUACCUACUCUGUAAUAAAUUGAAUGUCACCCUUUUUUUAUAUCAGUAGCGUUUGGACGCAAUCGUAUAUACUGCCUUGGACGCAAUUAGGGCACACAAUUGCAUUUAAUAUAUCCAUAGCUAUAAUGGCUGGAAGUGGAAUGUGAUUUUUUUGUAACAUGAGCGUUAAUGGUUCUAUAAUCAAUCUACCAAUUCGGCAUCAAUUAAAAACCGACUCAUGAACUGCUAUAAGAAAACCCUCAUGAAAUAUGGUAAUAGCAAGCCUGGCAUGACAUGAAGAUUCCAGUUCAAGUUGGCAACUGUAGAGAUUCGCCGCCAUCUCGUAUUGGUGAGGAUGUCGCUGCUGAGUCGCCUAUGCCGGCCUCUGGCCGCUGCCGCUGCCUCCCGGCCGGCGGUGUGGCGCCGUCUGCUGGCCACGUCAGCCGUGCGCCCGGCCAAGUUCUACGACUCACCUGACGAGGCGGUGCGCGACAUCCCGUCCGGCUCGCGGCUGCUGGUGGGCGGGUUCGGCCUCUGCGGCAUCCCGGAGACGCUGAUCGCCGCGCUGCUGCGCUCCGAGAGCCGCGACUUCACCGUCGUCAGCAACAACGCCGGCGUGGACAACUUCGGCCUGGGCCUGCUGCUGCAGGAGCGCCGCAUCCGGCGCAUGAUCUCGUCGUACGUGGGCGAGAACGGCGAGUUUGAGCGGCAGUACCUGAGCGGCGAGCUGGAGGUGGAGCUGACGCCGCAGGGCACGCUGGCCGAGCGGCUGCGCGCCGGCGGCGCCGGGGUGCCGGCCUUCUUCACACCGACCGCCUACGGCACGCUGGUGCACGAGGGCGGCGCGCCCAUCCGCUACUCGGAGGACGGCAAGGUGGCCGAACAGAGCGCCCCGCGCGAGGAGCGCGUCUUCAACGGCAGACACUACAUCCUGGAGGAGGCCAUCACCGGCGACUUCGCGCUGGUCAAGGCUUGGAAGGCCGACCGCGCCGGCAACCUCAUCUUCCGCAAGACGGCUCGCAACUUCAACCCUGCCAUGUGCCGCGCCGGCCGCGUCACCAUCGCCGAGGUGGAGGAGGUGGUGGAUAUCGGGGAGAUCCCGCCCGAGCACGUGCAUAUUCCCAGCGUGUACGUGCAACGCGUCGUCUCCGGUGGCAAGUACGAGAAGCGCGUGGAGCGUCUGACGCUGCGCCGGCCGCGCACCGCCUCGGCCACCUCGCUCACGCCGGCCGCCCAGAUGCGUGAGCGGAUCAUCCGCCGCGCGGCGUUGGAGUUCAAGGACGGCAUGUACGCAAACCUGGGCAUCGGUAUGCCCAUGCUGGCCAGUAACCUGAUUCCUGCGGGCAUGACGGUGCACCUGCAGUCGGAGAACGGCGUGCUCGGCCUCGGUCCGUUCCCAGAGGAGGGGAAGCAGGACCCGGACCUCAUCAACGCCGGCAAGGAGACGGUGACCGUGCUGCCCGGAGCGAGCUACUUCGGUAGCGACGACAGUUUCGCCAUGAUCCGCGGCGGCCACAUCGACCUCACCAUCCUGGGUGGCAUGCAGGUGUCGCGCUACGGCGACCUCGCCAACUGGAUGAUCCCCGGAAAGAUGGUGAAGGGCAUGGGCGGCGCCAUGGACCUGGUGGCGGCUCCCGGCACGAAGGUCGUCGUCACCAUGGAGCACGUGGCCAAGGGCGGCGCGCACAAGAUCCUCAACGAGUGCUCUCUGCCACUGACGGGCAAGAACUGCGUGGAUAUGAUCAUCACGGACCUGUGCGUGUUCCUGGUGGACCCGGAGGAGGGUCUGACGCUGAGCGAGCUGGCCGAGGGCGCCACCGUCCAGCAGAUCAUCGAGAACACCGGCUGCGAGUUCCGCGUGGCCGAUGACCUGAAGCCGAUGGGUCAGGUGGAGGUGGCCGACCCCGAGUGACCUGGGUCGUGACCGGGUUACCGGUCCGGGCGUCCUAACGAUCACACGGGCGUCCUAACGACUCACAGCCCUAACGAACGGCCGAUGAGUAACAGGGUGGUGGCGGGUUUCUCUCUGUAAAUAGCGGGACCGCCGCCGCGGUACACUCUGCGGUUGUGGCCUCUCUGAAGGCUGUCAUUGGUCGCGGGAGAACGUGACUUUGAUGCCAUUCUACCAGUGCAAUAGGGUGAAGGUGGCUGUUUUUCUAGCGUUGAUUGCGAGCGAGUCGAGCGACACUGUCAGUUUGAGGUAAACGCUGUGGUCAGUGGAAUGAGGCAGUUGUACUGUAGGUGUGGCCUAGCCAGACCCUUUCCGAAGUGUUACGCUGUGUUCAGUGCCGAUACGAUGGUGAUAAUUGUAAAAUGUGUACGAUGGUAACUGAUGCAGACUGGCCAGCUGGAUUGGCGAUAUAUUGUGACGAUGGAAGCUGUUUUGUGACGUGUGCCGAUUAAAAGAUGUUCGUCGCGGUUGUCUUCAGGAAGGUGUAAUGUUGUAUUUGAAGUGCGCUGUCGCGUCCGCUGUAACCGGUACGUUAGACUUUGCAAUUAAUACAGUUUUUGUAUCUGCA